CUUGUCUGUUUUAUUGUGCAACUAGCCGAAGAUAGCCCGACAUAUUUCCGAAGUCAUAAUUAUUCAACUGCCAACUUUCAUGGCAAGAGAUUUGACUUCAAAUCUAAAAUUUAAGAAGGCUUGUUUCGAUUAAAAUUUCAAGAUAAGAACUUUGAUUUUAUGCUUGCUAUUGUAUCAGAGUAUGGUGUGAUUUGUCAACGAUGUUUUUGCAAUGUCCAAUUCAAAAAUUGUCGAAAUUGAACGCAACGUUGGUGGAAGUUUUGGAUUUAGCGUUAUCGGUGGAGUUGAUACGGAUUUACCACCAAUGGUCUGUGCUUUAGUUCUUAAUGGUUCAGCCCAACUAAGCGGAGAGAUUCAUGUUGGUGAUGUUUUAGUUGAAGUUAAUGAUGAGUGUGUCAGUGUUAUGCCUGCUAAGCAAGUUGUGGAAACAAUAAGAAAAUCACCAGAUCUUGUGAAAUUAAGAUUAAGAAGAGAUCCUGCAGCGGCCGCUCGUGCCAGGCCUCAUUUAAGACGUUACUCGGUCGAAGACCCUAAAAAGGCAAGUUUUCAACAUCGAAACAUCAGCAACUUUCGUCGGACAGCGUCUCUACCCACCAGAAAUUCGAGAUCAAAAUUUUUAAAUCCCAAUCAAGAAAGCACUGUGGUCAAGGAAAACAACACAACUGGAAGAAUGACCAAGGGUAGACCCAGGGUGGUUGGAGAGGCAGACUCACUCACUGGAAUUGAAAAAGGUACGGAUGGGAUAUUUCGACGUCGGUCAAGUGAGCGCAGUGGCAGUUUUAGUAAAGUUUUGACGUCAUUUCCUGCACAUCCUGGUCCACCCCGCACGAUAGAAAACGCAAAACGGACAAAUGUUCGUUUUGCCUCACGCAAACUUGACAUAAAACGAACGACGUCAGAGCAAAAUACAUUAGCACCAAUAGGAUCUUCGUAUAGUGCCAGCUUACCGGAGAUCGAUGUACAUCAUGUAAAACAAGGCAAAAGAUCCGCACAGAAUCAAGCUUGGGAAAGAUGUUCCAGUACUGGGGAUGGAUUGCGUAACGAGUGGUCUGCUUAUGAAAUGACAUCCCACAUACGUAGGGCUGAUCAUCAAAGUUUGACUAGUAGUAGUAAAAGCUCAUUGCCGAGUUCAUUGAAUCAGAAUUCGAAAUUGUUUGGAGAAGAUUCACCGAUAACAUCAUUAACAAGAAGCCCUUACUCCUUUCGAAAAUUUCAAUAUAACUCAAUUGACGAGAAUGAAGACGUUGACCUAAGAAAUAAUGAUAAGAUAGAUGAUGGACAACAGAUGAACAAUACUGAUUUAAACGCUCAAGAACUUGCGAGGAAACUUUAUGAGUUUGACGGCUUUGAUCGAAAUGAAAUCGCCCCAAUGUUGUUUAAAAAUGAUGAAUUUACGAAAAACGUCGCAUUAUUAUACAUGAAGAAUUUUGACUUUAACAACAAGGACAUCGUUGAGGCAUUGAGAUUGUUGCUUGAUCGGCUUAAUCUGUUUGGUGAAACGCAAGAACGAGAACGAAUUUUGGUUGCAUUUUCAACGUGCUACCACGAGUGCAAUAAACCAUCAUAUGGUUCUAUAGAUGCCGUUCACGCUUUAGUUUGUGCCAUUAUGUUACUAAACACUGACUUACAUGGUCAGCAAACUAUAAAUCGACGUAUGAAACAGGUGGAUUUUGUUAAAAAUCUUUCUGGAAUGUGCGAUGGCAAUGAUUAUCCUGCUAACUUACUCAAGUCUCUGUACACCUCGAUCAAGUCACAUCCUUUGGAAUUUCACAGGGAAGAUAUACCAAAUCAUACAAUGGAAAGCCACAAAUCCAACGGAAAAGAAGUAAAAGACUCAAAUGGAGGAAAAUUUUCAGGCAAUUCAGCACUGACCGGGUUCCAAUCAGACGAGGAAGAUGUAAUUUACCGGCAAGGUCUAUUGUAUAGAAAAUUAGUCGUAGACAGUGGUGGCAAGAAAGCGUCGGCAUGGAAACGAAACUGGCAACCAUUUGUGGCGACUUUACGUGGAAUGGUGAUGUAUUUACACAAGCCUGAUGAAUCGCGUAGUUUUAACGAUACUCGUUUUGCUGUGGGCGCUCAUCACGCGUUUGCAAGUCCUGCGUUCGAUUAUAAGAAGAAGUCGUUUGUACUUCGGUUCAUCACCGCUGACUGGAAAGUACUGCUAUUUCAAGCCAGAGACAAAGCUGAUAUGUUUGCAUGGGUCGAAUGCCUGAAUCUAGUUGCUGCCACAUUUUCCUCACCACCACUUCCGGCAGCUGUCGGGUCACACAAGCGGUUUCAGAAACCUGUUUUACCUUUUUCAAAAACUCAGCUAACUUUGGCGGAACAGUUGUCCAACCACGAGGCAAAGUCAAAAGACAUGGCAGACACUCUAAUUGAUCAUUUAAACAAUGAACCUAAAGGCGUUGAUGUUAGACAUCGUGACAUAAUUGAAUGGCAAGAAAAAAGAGAUUUCUACGACUAUGAGUACAAGCGUUAUCGUUCGUAUGCGAAUAUUUUAAAGAGUUCAAAAUUACAAGCACAGGCUCCAAGGAAGGUCACAAGAAAAUCCAGUAAUCCCGAAACGUUUGGGAAGAAAAAUGGUUUUCUAAACGAAAACUUGCGUAGAUUUAAUUCUUUGGACAAUAUAGUAGAAUCUCCUGAAGGGAGCGAAACGAGAAAAAUGAGCCACCGAGAGAGUUAUUUCAUGGCUAUUCAUCCCGGAUAGUAUGGUUUGUUGACAAUAUUGUUGAAUAGCAUUGUCAUUUGUCGUUCUGUGCUUCAAAUAAGCUCACUCACAGAAUCCUACCUUUCAAAGAAAAUGCACAAGACAACAUCUUGGUGAGAGUUUUCAAAUGCAAAACAUCGCUAAAAGGCAUUAUAAUAAAAUUGCAGUUUUUACUGUGCCGUCAGAGAAACGGGGUUAUAUGGUGCGAUUCCUUAUCAAAUCUCUGAACUUUAGUUCAACCCUCAACUUCUACCCAAUUAACUAACGAGCCAUAGUUGAUUGGUUGAUCGGUCAUAACCGAGGGGUUAAUUAUGACAGAGAAUCUAUUUUUUAGCAAAGGUAUGUUAAAAAACGAUGUGUUCCCAUUGCCUGCAAUGAUGAAUGAAAUCAAAGUAACGAUCUGUCUCAUAGAACGUUAACUAUGAGCGUUAAAAACAAAGUAAUAUCUAGAUUACUUUUUGUUUUAUUGGUAGUAUGAAGUGUACAAAAUAGAAAUAUUUAUUCCAUUUUUAUGUGAAUUUUUGAUAAAAUAUAAAGAGUAUUUAUUUCUUUUAAAAGAAGAAAGUUUUUGGAAAUGACGUCAUCUUCGUUGUGAGUGGGUUGUCAGAAAAAAAAAAUACGCAAACCUUGGUAGUUUUAAGGGUCAGUUAUGUAAAAAUGAUAACCAUCUUAGGAUGGAUAAUUGCUUCCUAUAUUUUAGGGAAUUUCAAAAUCUAUUUUGAUUUCAGUGUUCAUGUUUCUUCUUUUGUUAUCAAGAGUCAGAAGAUUGUGGUUUAAGUAUUUUUGUAACAAUUUCUAUUUUUCAAGAAAGAGAUUAGUUUUAAUAAAAAAAACAACGAUACACUCUACCAGAUGCAAUACAUAUACAGUAUAUACGUUACUUGCAUAAUA